AUGUACAAGCCUCUAUCGCCUACCGGUCCCGCCUUUCUUCUCUCCUCGGCGUUGGUCCAAAUUAUCGCGGCAUGCCCGUGGCUAGGCCCAUCGCUUCCGCCUCCAAGUGGUCAAUAUCUCAUGCAAGCCUGGAAUGAUGUUGAACACAAAAUCACCAGCGAGCUCAGUGCACUGUUGGAUCCCAACACUACCUCGCUAUCUCUUCAAAUUGUGACGGCCUCCGAGCAGGCGCCACUGUUUGAGUUCUAUCACAAGGCCACAGAACAUGUUUUCGUGGGUACGGACGCAGGCGACGAGUUGGACGGAGAGACGGUUCUACGUAUCGGCAGCGUGACCAAGAUGUUCACAGUUUACGCCUUACUCCUCAAGUGUGGCUUCCACUGCUUCGACGAUCCUAUCACCAAACACGUUCCUGAGCUGCUGCAGGAAAAUGCCAGCGGGGCUAACUGGGAAGAUAUUACAGUCGGAGCCCUGGCGAGCCAGAUGUCGGGCAUUGGACGAGACUACGCGAACUACGAUGUGGCCGCCAUUUAUCCUUCCUCAUACAUCGCCGACCUCGGCCUUCCCGCCGUCGAUGAUGCCGCCGUCGAUCCCCCACUCACCACCGCCGCACAUGUACCCCCGUGUGGCUAUAACUGGACUGAUUCGGAUGGCUGCACUUGGGACGAAGCGCUCCCGUUGAUCCAGCGCAUGCACACUAUAUUUGAACCCUUCUACUCUCCCGAGUAUUCCAACCCGAACUAUCAGCUUCUCGGACGUGUGCUCGAGAGCUUGUACGAUCAUACGGCUUCGUACGAGGAGAUUAUGCGCGACCUUGUCUACACCCCGCUAAACCUAACACGAACGUGGACAUAUGCACCGACGGAUGCCGAUGUCGGCACGGGCCUCCGGGCGCCGGGAGAAGCGGGUCUAAGGUCGUGGAACAAUUCGUUGGGCGACGAGGUCCCUAGCGGUGGCUCGUACAUGAGCAAUAACGAUCUGGCGCGCCACCUGCGUGCGGUCAUGAAUCACGCCCAGCUCUCUCCGGUGCAGACGCGACGUUGGCUCAAGCCAGCCUCGUUCUUGGGCCACAUGGAGGGCGCGAUCGGUAUGCCCUGGGAGAUUGUACGUGUGGACCGCGGCAUCAAGGGAGUUGUUGACGUCUACCGCAAGGACGGAGCGACCCCACAGUACGGUGAGAGCGUGUACGGACUCCUGGAUGGAUGGGGCGUGGGCUACUCGGCCAUCGUGCUCUACGGCGACCAGACGACUCUACCGAUUGCGGACGUCGAAGAAGUCAUCGUGGCACACCUAGCUGCGGCGCUCGAGGCGGCGGCACACGAGCAGACUCAGAAGGUAGUUACGGGACGAUAUGCCGAUGAAAACGAGAACGAGAUCGUUCUUGCCGUAGACGAGGAUGGUCUCUACAUCGACGCGUGGCGGAACAACGGCGUGGACUUUCUUGCAUCGUAUCAGCGUAUCAUGGGGGCCACCACGCCAACGGAAAAGAGGUUCAGCAUAUAUCCCGCCCAACUGGAGGGUGGCGAUGAUGGCGACGCCAGCCUGAGAGCGGUGUAUAGGUUGUCGCCCGAGAGCUCGUCCGAGGCUUGGUAUGGCUGUCACAGCUGGGUUGGCCUUGAUCUCUGGCGGUACGCCAGUCAGCCGCUAGAUGAGCUUGUACUGGUCAAGGAUAAGUUAGAUGGGAAAGUAGAGACCGUUGAGUGGCUCGGAGGACGGGUGAGACUCACAAGAGCUAGCUAG